UCAUAUGUGUUUGAAACAACAAAUACUUGGUUGUAACGUGCAGACAGCCUUUUGCUUGCAUAAAGAGUUAAAGUAAAAGUGGAUGGAUGAGCUAUAGGUUUUCGUAUGCAUUUUUCUGUAAAACAAUAUGGUAGCACGGCUGCCCAUUAUCUUUACCUCUUGGGAGUUUUUAACUCGAAAUAACGCUUAUGUUAGCUCUCUAGGCGGCGGGCGCAAGAACACGCGAAAAGUGGCAACAUCUAGUAACGUCAACAUACACCUAAAGUUGUAAUAUUAACCAACGAUCUAAAUUAAUCGUCAAGUUAAUUACGGUCCAAACAAAGAACUUUGUGUUUACCUUGGGGCUUAUUUAUCACUCGUCGAAUAAUUUGCUUUUGCUCGCUUUACACUCAAGAAGAAGAAAGUGAGGCGAACAAGCAGUUCUGUGUUUUUCAAUACGGAUAUAUUUAUAUUAUUUUUACUUCUGAUAUUCAGUUAAACAAUGUCAGUAAUCAGGAAUCUUAUUAAAGAAACGGAUAAUCCUGCUAGCAAAUUGCAAAAAAAUAAGGAACUCGACAAAGAAAAAGCGGGCCAUAUCGUGAAAUCUGCAUUAGAUUUACAACGCUUAAAAAUUGAGAAGUUGAUGCAAAAUCCUAACAAACCAGUUGUUAUUCCCGAGCAACGAAAGGAGAAAGAUUUUAUGCAGAGUGUUCCUACUUUUGUUAGAAAUGUCAUGGGUUCCAGUGCGGGAGCUGGGUCAGGUGAAUUUCAUGUUUAUCGACACCUGCGGCGAAAGGAAUACGCGAGACAAAAAAUGAUCCAAGCUAAAAGCGUGAAGGAGCAAUUAGAUGAAGAAUACCAACGGAAACUCCAAGAAAAUCGAAAGGAAGCUGAAGAGAAAACAGCCAGAAAAAGAGCAAAACGUUUAAAGAAGAACUCGAAGAAAUGUCGGUUACAAAAAUCUCAAUUGCCUAAAAGUAAUCAUGCUGUGCAAGGCAGUGGAGAUUGCCAAUGAAUCAACGAUUUUCAUUAGAAAACCGGGGCAUGUCUGCAGAUUUCAUUGCCGAAAGAAGAAAUGUGGUGGGAAGUUGUCUUACCAUUAUGUAGUUAAAUAUUUUGUGGCAUUAAAAUGUUUAAAAAUUUAUUGAUUCUGGAAAAACUGGAAUAAAAUGAAAUUGGUUAAGAAA